GCACUCUAUUACGUGCUGAUCGUGUGAGCAGAGUUGGCGUUUGUGGAUACAGUGGUCAUACAGGACCUUUACUACUGGACCAGGAUCAUUUACGCCAAGCUCGUAGACUAUUCACAGGCGCAUAUACGUGCCCUCAUUCUCAUGUGUUUUUCUCGGGUCACUCCUUUAGGAGUGUGCCAUCAACCUGCGGUUUCUUCAAGCUGCGCGCCUGAACGCAAAUGGAUUAUAGUAACCUGAUGGCGCCUCCGGUACCGCCGCACAAACCUAGAACUCCCAGCCUCGCGCACGGACAGGGCAGGCUGUUAAAGUGCGUGUUUCUCGGCGACGGAGCCGUGGGGAAAACCAGCCUGAUCGUCAGCUAUACGACGAACGGAUAUCCUACGAAAUACGUGCCGACAGCCUUUGACGAUUUCUCAGCGGUUGUACAGGUGGAUGGUCAGCCUGUCAGACUUCAGCUUUGUGACACCGCUGGACAGGACGAAUUCGAUAAGUUGCGACAUUUCUGCUACACGCGAACCGACGUCCUCCUGUUGUGCUUCAGUGUGGUUAGCCCCGCCUCCUUCCAGAACGUCAGCGAGAAAUGGGUACCGGAGAUUCGCCGCCGUUGUCCCCUCACACCCGUGUUGCUGGUGGGCACCCAGUGCGACCUGCGGCAGGACGUCAAGGUCCUCAUCGAACUGGCACGCAGGCGCGAGCAACCCGUCCCGGAAGAGGACGCCUGCGUGCUCGCGGACAAAGUCGGAGCGGUAGCCUACGUGGAAUGCUCCUCCCUCACACAGAAAAACUUGAAGGAGGUGUUCGACGCCGCCAUCUCCGUAGGCCUCCGACAUUCGGACCGGAGGGCAAGGAGAGAACGAAAGGUCAACAGUACUGCUGAUAAAAUCAAAAUAAUCUCAAAGUCAUGGUGGAAAAAAUACAUCUGCAUACAGUAGCAACAAUGGAGGAAUGAAGAAUCUGAUAGGCACUGGAAAACUUUAUAGUACUCGUAUGGAUGAUAAGACUCGGUACAGUGUCUAAGUGAUACUGAUACCAUCUCAGUGAUGGGUUCUCAGUUUGAACAUUGAAUCAUUUCCUCAAUCACUUUACUGGAAUUCGAACACUGCUGGUUAUUCCCAGUUCUUGAUGGACUGAAAAAAGACAUUUUAUUAUGGUUUUGAAAAUCAUCUACUGCUUUUGUUUUUAUAACCAAAUAUAGUGCAACACUAUAUACUUUAUAUUUAUUUACCCAUGUCUCUUACCCUGAAAAAUGCAUGAAUAUCCAGGUCACGUGUUAUUGAUCCCAGCAAGCUAAGUCUGCUGAUGGUUCUUCAAAAAUGGGUGUACUUUUUAAAAGCAUAUUAAGAAGCAACUAAAGAGGCACCAAAAUAAUAGCAUCGGUUGAUAAAAGCUAUUACUUUAUAAACCACAGAUGGUCAUGGCCGAUAUAUCCUGUCAAUCAAAAGAGAACAAGAAAAUGCAAUGAAUUUAAUCUUUACUGUUCAAUAUUAAUGAAUAACAUGAAAAUGAAUUUAAUCUUCAGAAUUUAGUUAAUGCAAUGUAAAACAACUGGUGUUUAAUUUGGGCUUUGCAUGAAAUGAGUUACAUAAAGGUGAAAGGUUAUGAGCGACAGGUCCAACUUGCAUUUGUUGAUGCCAAAUCUUUUGUUUAACUGAUUUUUCUUGUCCUGUCUUUUUUUUAUUUCUAAUGUGCCAUGUUUGAUACAAAGUUAUUUGGCCGCGCCCUCUUGUUUAACCAGCGGCCAAUGAGAUUUGUUGAAUUUGCUUCUCAUUAUUCAGAAGCCCAGAUUCAGUCAGUCAGACAUCAACCAAAAACAACAGAGCGCAACAGGAGGGGAGGGUUCCAGAAGUAAAAAUCCUGUCUGCUUGGUCUUCUGAAAAAUGUUAUUGAAUAUCUAGGUCUUUCAAGACAUAAUGACCAUGUACUUCAAGGUUACUUAGAAAUAAGAGUUACUUGGAACUUGUGGAAAUCAUAAACGUGUAUGAAAUUUCUAUGAUCUUUGAAUAUUUCAAUGAAUCAUAAAAAAUUAAGUCUUAGUCUACACACAUUUGGAUCUUUGUCUAUUUUGUAAUAAACGGCAAAUGUGUGGUGUAUUGGAGAGUCUUUAUAGUUUUAUAUAACAUAGAUUCAGUUAUGGAUCAUGGCUCAGAACUCAGUAAAAAAUGUCUGAAAUGUUAAAAAUACUUCUGGAACCCAGAUGGGAGUUAAUUUCUGCGUCCCAUACACCCACACGUGUUUUAUUGUCACAGAGUAAUCUAUUGUACAAUUAUGAUUGUAUUUUAACGUUCUUUUACUCCUAAAACACUCCUGUUUAUGGUACGGCGUGAGAGUGUUUGGGUUGCUGACUGCUAUCCGUGAUUUUCAUGGAAAAUAAAUGUGAUGUUUUAACUAAAA